AUGUUCGUGUUGAACAAAGAAUGUCGUAUUUGUUACGAAUCACUUCCAAGGUCUGCUUUUCGUGAAAUCACAGUAAAUUGUGAUCAUGGAUUAUUUAUUUGUAAACCUUGUGUUAGUAAACAUAUUUCAGCUCAACUGGAUAGUAAAGGUGAUGUAGAUAUUAAUUGUCCGUUUGAAAAUUGUGAGGAAAAAUUGGAAUAUCAUGAUGUAAAAAAACAAGCCAGUCAAGAAGUAUUUGAUAGAUAUGAUACCUUAACACUUCUCCAAGCUUUGAGGCAAAUGCCAGAAUUUAGAUGGUGUAAAAAUUCCGGAUGUGGUUCUGGUCAGAUUCAUUUCCAAGAAGACGAUGCUCCUAUAAUGACUUGUGAAGCUUGUGGUGAAAAAUCCUGUUAUACCCAUGAUGUUCCUUGGCAUCAAGAUUUAACUUGUGACGAGUAUGAUGUUAAUAGAAGGGGUGAAGAUGAGGCCACUCAGGAUUUACUCGAUAGAGAAACCAAACCAUGUCCCAAAUGUGGUGUAAGAAUCAUCAAAUAUGAGGGUUGUAAUCACAUGACUUGUAGAAUCGGUAGUUGUAAAUAUGAAUUUUGUGUUCGGCUGAUUUUAAUGAGAUUAGGAAAAAUGGAAAUACGUCUCAUAAAUCAACCUGUCAAAUUUACUGAUUUCACGUCGACUCCUACUCAAAUAAAUUCAAAUUAUCGUCGUUCUCAAUCUAAUAGUUUAAUUUCAGAUUUUUCAUCAUCUUCCAGAGACAGAAACAUACAUAACUCAUCCAAAAUGAAAAAAGAAUGUCAAAUAUGUUUUGAUUCACACCCUAAAUCUUAUUUUCUUUUAAUCACUGAACGUUGUAAUCAUGAAAUUAAUAUUUGUAAAUUAUGCGUUAGCAAUCAUAUUUCAGCUCAAUUAAGUAGUAAAGGUGAUGUGGAAAUUAAUUGUCCAUCCGAUAAAUGUUAUCAAAAAUUGCAACAUGAUGAUGUAAAAAGACUUGCCAGUACGGAAGUAUUCGAUAGAUAUGAUCUUUUAUCACUUCGCCUUGCUUUAAGCAAAAUGCCAGAAUUUAGAUGGUGUAAAAAUUCCGGAUGUGGUUCCGGUCAGAUUCACUUUGAAGGAGAUGAUGCUCCUAUAAUGACUUGUGAAACUUGUGGUGAAAAAUCCUGUUACACCCAUGAUGUUCCUUGGCAUACAAACUUUACUUGUGAUGAGUAUGAUGUUAACAGAAGAGGUGAUGAUGAGGCUACUCAAGAUUUACUCAAUAGAGAAACCAAACCGUGUCCCAAAUGUGGCGUAAGAAUCAUUAAAAAUGGAGGUUGUAAUCACAUGACAUGUAAAGUCAAGGCUUGUAAACAUGAAUUCUGUUGGUUAUGUUUAGCGGAUUUUAAUAAGAUUAGGAGAAACGGAAAUUCGGCUCAUAAGAGAUCUUGUCAAUUGUAUGCGUGA